AUGAGUGCCCACGUCGUGGUGAUCGACGCGACGGCCAGGCGGGCAACGGUCAAGACGACACCAGGGAAACAUUUGACCGAUGUUCUUCAGGAGGCGUGCACAAAGCUUGGUUAUAAUUCAAGUCAAUAUGGCCUCAAACAUAAUCGCAAGCAAAUCGAUCUUUCCCUAUCCUUCCGUCUCUCCGGCCUCAGUUCUGGAGCCAAGCUCGAGCUUGUACAGCUAUCUCGCUCUCCCUCUGUGGUGACGGUUGCGCUGCAACUACCUGAAUCCGAAGCGCGCGGGGCACCCAACGGGCGCAUACUAGACAAGUUUCCAAGUACAACUACACUUUGGCUGGUUCUACGCAAGUUUGAAGCAGGAGUAGCAGGGGCUGGACCUAUCAGAAAUCUUACCGCGCGUGGUGUACCUUCGACCACCCGUCAGACUGGUGCUGGGCGUCUAUUCUACGAGAUUCCUGUCCUUCAGAUCCUGGAGCGCGAGUUAUCAAGUUUCACCGAUUUACAGAAGACUCUGGCCCAACUAGGGUUCAACAGCGGAAAUGUGCUUAUUCGUCUCAAUUUUCGGCGGACUGAAGACCCCCUUGAAGAGGCAAUGACAAAGAUUGGGGAAUACUUUAAGUCAUCCGAGGAUGAGAUGCCAGCUCCGGCCCAGAUUCAACCACCAACCGCCCCAGUCGCUGAAGGAACAGUCCCUUCUGAAGAUCAAUCCGCUCAUCCCACAGGCACUGAACCUGAUAAUGGAUCAAAAUUACCAGUGGGGUCUGGACAGGAUGCUUCUUUGUCAAAUGCAUCGCCUGAGCAACCUAUGUCAAUUACAACCUCCGACCGGAACGUCACUGUGUUCUCCCCUCCAUCCGACAAUACCCCAUCAUCAGCCCAAAUACCUUACAAUGAAGAAGAUUAUAUCCCGUCUGUCGAGCACGCUAAAGCUCAUCAACGGCUUCUUAACAAAUCGUCUCAUAACACCCGCCUUCCAACCGAUGCUGAGAUCGCGGCUAAGGCAGCCGCAGAAGAGAAGCGGCGCUUACAGAUCCAUGAAGUGGACAUGAAAGUCCGCUUUCCAGACCAAAGCCAAGUUGUAGCUAAAUUUGGACCUACGGACUCGGGUAAGUCACUGUAUGGAUUUGUUCGCAGCUGUCUUGCGCCAGAGUUCUCUGAGGAGAAGUUCACCCUCAAUGUCUUCCUCAACCCGGCGGCUCCUCGGGCCUCUCAUGCAAAUACCAUCUCAGAUUCGGAGCAAAUCCUUUUAAUCAAGGAUCUGGGUCUAGCGGGCCGAGUCUUGGUCAACUUCAGUUGGUUUGAUGCAUCUGCUCACCAGGGCCGGGUGAAUCUUCUGCGUCCUGAACUUCGAAGCCAAGCCCAGCAGCUGAAGGUUGAACAACCGUCAGCGGCCGUGGAAGAUUCAUCGGCUUUAUCUUCCGCAGCCGCGGGACCUAGCACUACAAGCGAGGGAAGCAAGCCCAACGGAGCCCGGAAGUCUGGCGGUAUGCCGAAGUGGCUGAAACUGCCGGGGAAGAAGUAA